GCGUCCUUUUUUGACAACAAAUCAAUAAUAUAUUUUUUGUUUCAAAAAACAGAAUUUCCCGAAAUAAAUUCCUUCCUGUCCAAAAAUCAGUUUCCCGACCACCGCCCGCACUACAACACACACCCAAACAGAUUCAAUUACCGCCCUCCCAUUCCUUUCAAUCUCUUCUUCCCCUUCUUCUUCUUCCUCCACAGUUCAUCAUUAAUGGCGAUCUCAUCGCCGUCGUCACUCUCUCCGCCGCCGUCGUCUUCUUCCUCCUCCUCAUCGACCACGUCAAUUCCUCAAUCGCGAUUGCCAUCUCCGGCUCCUUCACCCCUAAUUAAAUAACAAACAACCACAAAUACAGCGACUACGUACCCCCAUCUCUAUAUUAAUUGCUCCCAAUUUUGUUCUGCCCUUUCUCUUCCUCUUCGUCUUCUUCUCCUGCUCCCGCACAGCAGCUCUGUAAAUCUUCCAUUUCAUUUGUCAUUUAUAUAUGGGACACCACCCUCAUUCCCACGCCCAUCAGCACAACACCAGCGAUGGCGUCUCGCAGCGAGUCAAUAGCCCUCGCUUCACGGGCUCCAUGACUCGCCGGGCCACUUCCUUCAAGCGCAACCCCAACGCCACCACCAACGCCGCCCCCGCAGCCGCUGUCUCCGCCGCCGGUAAUGCGACGGGCGCCGCGGGCAACGGCGGCGGUGGCAGCGCUGCUCAGACGGCCAGCAACAGCACGGCCAACAGCGCCGGGGCCAGUCCCAGGUUCGGCUCCGGGGGGGACGAGAUUGAUCUCCAGAUCACCUCGCCUAGAUCUGAAGUCGUCGUCGUGGACGGUUUCGAUCGCCAGCACCUCGUCCAGAGAGUACACGCCGGUGUCGCCAGGAGUAGUAAGAAGGGCGGCGGGGGAAUCGGAUCCGUUGUACGGGAUUUCGGCUUCCGGGAGCGGAAGAAGCUCGGGCAGUGGAUGUUCUUUGUCUUCUGCGGCGUUUGUUUGUUUCUAGGCGUGUUUAAGAUUUGCGCCGGCGGCUGGUUUGGAUCUGCGCUCGACGGCUCCACCUACCAUCAGGAUUUGCCUGAUUCUGUCACCCAAGUAGACUUGGAUGAGAGCUCCCACAUUUCUGACACUUUUGAGUAUAAAGACAAUGGCGAUGGAGAUAGAAAUCUGAAGGCGGUCACUGCAGGCGUAUCUCUUGGUGAUGAUGCCAAGGUGGAAGAUGUGGAUCGAAAUCUAAAAAUGGUGACCGCUGGACUAGCUAACAGUAUUGGUGGCAAGGUUGAGUUGUCAGGUAUCUGGGCAAGACCUGACAGUGAUAAUUUCACCCACUGCAUUGACUUACCAAGAAGUCAUAAAAAGCUAGAUGCAAAAACAAAUGGUUAUAUCCUCAUAAAUGCUAAUGGUGGCUUAAAUCAGAUGAGAUUUGGGGUUUGGCUGCUUAUUCUCCUUUAUUUCUUAAUCUGUGACAUGGUUGCUGUGGCUAAGAUUAUGAAGGCAACACUGGUCCUUCCCUCUCUUGAUCAUACCUCGUAUUGGGCCGAUGACAGUGACUUCAAGGAUCUGUUCAACUGGCAACAUUUCAUUGAGACACUACAGGAUGAAGUACACAUAGUUGAGACUUUACCAGCACCUUAUUCAGGAGUGGAGCCUUUUAUGAAAACACCAAUAUCUUGGUCUAAGGUUAGUUAUUAUAAAACCGACGUCUUGCCAUUGCUGAAGCAGCACAGAGUAGUCUACUUUACGCACACUGAUUCUCGGAUUGCAAACAAUGGUAUCCCGGAUUCAAUCCAAAAACUAAGAUGUCGUGUGAAUUAUAGGGCAUUGAAAUAUGCCAAACCAAUAGAAGAACUUGGAAACUUGCUGGUGGCAAGAAUGAGAGGAAAUGGCAAUCCUUACCUUGCACUUCAUUUGAGGUAUGAGAAGGAUAUGCUUGCAUUUACUGGCUGCAGUCACAGCUUAAGCGCAGAAGAGGACGAGGAGCUACGCAUCAUGCGUUAUGAAGUGAAUCAUUGGAAGGAGAAAGAGAUAAAUGGGACAGAAAGAAGGUUGCAAGGUGGUUGUCCAUUGACUCCUAGGGAGACUUCUCUACUGUUGAGAGCACUGGGUUUUCCUUCCAGCACUAGGAUUUACUUGGUAGCUGGCGAGGCCUAUGGGAAUGGGAGCAUGCAGUAUCUCGAGGACGACUUCCCGAACAUCUUCUCGCAUUCAUCUCUGGCUACAGAAGAGGAGCUGGAACCUUUCAAGAAUCAUCAGAACAUGUUGGCUGGUAUAGACUAUGUUGUUGCACUUCAGAGUGAUGUGUUUGUGUAUACAUAUGAUGGAAAUAUGGCUAAGGCAGUUCAGGGGCACCGUCGAUUUGAGAACUUCAAGAAGACCAUCAACCCGGACAAGAUGAACUUUGUGAAACUUGUGGACGAGCUAGACGAGGGGACAUUGUCGUGGAAGAGGUUCAGUUCCAAAGUGAAAAAGCUUCACCGGGAUCGUGAUGGAGGGCCGUACUAUAGGGAGGUAGGAGAGUUUCCGAAGCUGGAAGAGAGUUUCUAUGCAAAUCCUCUACCAGGGUGCAUAUGUGAAAAGGGAAGGAGAAAGUAAAACCAGAAGACAGAGGCAGAGAGAAAGCUCUCCCCCCUUGUUUCACCUCUCCAACAGGUUGCGCCCAACUCCAGAAGCCUGACUUUUGAGGAGAGGUAUGGUGCUGCCUGCCAUUCUUCCACAAGUAUUAAGUCGGAAACUGGCGUUUGUACAUCUCGUCGUCGACCUUUUUAAGAACUGUUUCUACUUGAUAGGAGAGAACCAAUCUGGAAACAUUCAACAGCAAGAAAGAAAAGUGCAUAGCUGAAGGAAUGGAGGAGGGAACCAUUGGCAUUGAUUGUAGUCAUAGCUCCACAACUUUUUUUUUUUUUGUGUGUGUACAAAACACGACACCGACACGAAUACUAAUGUAUGUAGCCACUGAGGGAUAUGGAAAAAGCUGUAAAAUGUCGGCUCAAUUGGGGCUGAACAGGGUUGGUUUGCACUUAAAAAGCGGCUCCAGAUUUGUUGGAGCCACCAUAUACACAUUGGAUGAUGGCUUAGUGAGUAGAGUUAAUAUUCAUUCUUGGAUGUCAAUAAAACCUUAAACAGGACUGUCAAUUUUGAAAGCAAAU